ACGACAGCAGCGGCGGGAGUGGGGCCGGGCCCCGCCCUGGGGUUGGGCCGCUGGCGGCGCAUGCGCAGGCGCUGCCCUUCCUGCGGCGGGCACGGGGCGCUCGGGGCGGGCAGCGCGGCGGCAGCAGCAUGGCAGGAAAAGCAUUUAGGAAAUUCCUUCCCCUGUUUGAUCGUGUUCUGGUUGAACGAUGUGCAGCUGAGACUGUAACCAAAGGAGGAAUCAUGAUACCAGAAAAAGCUCAAGGGAAAGUGCUACAAGCAACAGUAGUAGCAGUUGGAUCGGGUGCCAGAGGAAAGGAUUUCUACAAUUGGCCUGAUGAAUCCUUUGAAGAAAUGGAUAGUACAUUAGCUGUUCAGCAGUAUAUUCAGCAAAACAUAAGGGCAGACUGUUCCAACAUUGAUAAGAUCCUUGAACCUCCUGAAGGCCAGGACGAAGGUGUGUGGAAGUACGAACAUUUAAGACAAUUCUGCCUUGAACUCAAUGGACUAGCUGUCAAGCUUCAGAGUGAAUGUCAUCCAGACACAUGUACUCAGAUGACAGCAACAGAACAAUGGAUUUUUCUUUGUGCAGCUCAUAAAACUCCCAAAGAGUGUCCUGCUAUAGAUUACACCAGACACACGCUUGAUGGAGCUGCAUGUCUUCUGAAUAGCAAUAAAUAUUUCCCCAGCAGGGUUAGCAUAAAGGAAUCUUCUGUAGCCAAAUUAGGAUCGGUGUGCCGAAGGAUUUACAGAAUAUUUUCACAUGCUUAUUUUCAUCAUCGGCAGAUAUUUGAUGAAUAUGAAAAUGAAACUUUCUUGUGUCAUCGGUUCACUAAGUUUGUGAUGAAGUAUAAUCUGAUGUCCAAGGAUAACCUGAUUGUACCGAUUUUGGAAGAAGAAGUGCAAAACUCAGUGGCAGGGGAGAGUGAGGCAUGAUGGGGAUGGUAGUACAGAAGCCUAUACCGAAUACAAACAAAACAUUAAUUAUGUACUGUAUAUAUCAUUUUAGACACUUCAAUCACGUAUCCUCACAGCUUUUUAGUAUACUUUUUGUAUGCUGUGUGCAUUGCCUUUUAAUAUGGGAAAUACUUUAAGUUAUUCAUGAGCUGUAUAUUCAUCAGUGUGGCACUCAUGGUUUUUAAAUAAAAGUAGUAGUAUCUGUUUAUAAUGCCUGUUAAUAAAAGAAUUUACAGUUCUUUAAAAUUGCUGCUAAACAAUCAUUGAAUCACAAUCCUGAAGAUAUGUCAGAUUGGGUGGGGAAAAAAGCAAGAUUAACAUUACACAACAAGCCAUUUUUUAAUGCAGUAGCUAUGCUAGUUCAAAGAUGAUCACCUUAAAUAUAUAAUUCUGCAGGAAGCUCUUUGCAGUGUAGCUUAUCCCUAAUUUAGCUUUUAUUUUUUUAAGAUAGCUUUGAAGAUUUACUUUUGGAUGUACAUAUUCCUGUAUGUGUAUAUCCAAACAAUAAUAGCAUCUAUUAGUAUUAGUAAUACCUAAAGGAUAAUUUUACUAUGCUGUUGAACCGUAUAUAUUCUUGAUAUAUAUCUAACAUACUUUCUGGACUUUUUGUUUUGUUACCAGUGGAGGCUUGUGUACAGCAGAGGGUGGUUUCUAUCCUGGUACAACAGACCUCUGCUGUUCUCCAGUCUACAACUUCUCUACAGACUAACUGUGGCAGAAAACUCAAUGGCUUAUACCUGUACAUAUUUAUGGCAAUGGCUUACAAAUUAUACCUCACAUAAAUAUUCACAUUACACUACGUAACCCGCUAGCAUAGUAUUUGCUUAUAUUUUUAGUAAAACAUUAAGUACUUGAAAAAUUGAACCUGACUCCUUGCAGGAGUUAAUCAUAUUUUCAACAUAAGUUAAUUUGUUUGUCUUAAUUCACCUGCAUUAUAUUCUUUGACAGAAAGAUUUGGAUUCAUACUACUUCUGCUCCCUUUUAGAUGUUUAUUUCAAGUUUUCUUUGCAGAUUUGCAAUAACUGACAAUUUCCAUGAGUGCUGCUUAAUUGUUGUCUAGAAUGAUAGAAUUAAAUGUUUUAGUGUUAAUAUAGCAGAGACAUACUGCUAAGUGUGCAUGAAUGCAGGGUCUAAAAGCACUAGCAGAGUUCUUAUGUUAAAUGAAUUUUGCUUAUCUGUUUAAAAAGGUAGCUGGUUGUUUCUCUUGGAAGUUGCCGGGGGCCUCUUCUAUUUCUUUAAGCAGGUCAGAACGGGCCUAAGCAAGCUUGUUUCUGUAAACUACCCUUUGUUAAGUUAUGCUUACCUGGACAGAAGGGAGUUCACCUAUUUUAAGAAGUCUUUUUUCAUAAUAUACUAAACAUGCCUUAAAUUCUAUUUUUCUUUACACAAAUCAAGCACACCUCAAGCAACUGUACCACCUGGAUGUAAAGGAAUUUAAACAAUGAGAAAAUAAAGAGACUAAACUUC